ACACACAAACCAACAAAAAAAAAAAAAAAAAAAAAGGAACAAAAACCUCCCGGCUCCGAAAGACUUACAAGCAGACAGAGCUUAUGGCCUGGUAUCAGACAAUUCCAGAUUCUGAUCAGAGCAUUUCUGAUGAGGAAGAACCGGACCAAAAUUGGGCGAACAAAUGCGCUACGCUCGGCGGAACCACAGAGAAAAAGGAAUUGUUACAAAUUUCAUCUCGGCUAGAAAUGCUCAAAGGUGCGAGUGCGAAGGCUUGCAAUUUGGAAGAUGAAGUUAGCUCUGACGAUGAGGUGAACAAUGUGGUGUCAAAAGUUUCUGUUAAUGGCGAUGCUAAAGAGUUGAGAAAAAAAGAGGAUGUUCAUAGCUUUUGGAGCGAUAAACAAGACGAAUUACACUCGUGGUCUGCUGCGAGUAAAGAAGCUGAGGCACUCAUGCAUUUGAAUGAAAAAACUUCUUGCUCAUCGUCACUGUCUGCUUACUCGAAUUUAAAGAAAUCGUCUAAAGGAGCCAAAGGCAAAGGCAAACCAAAAUUUUUGUUCCGUUUUCCGACACACAAGGAAGGAACCUCGUCCCAUUCUAUAUCUAAGAAUGAUAGUGACGUGUCAUUCAGGGUUCAAGAACUGCCUGAAAGGUUGGAUGCAAUUGAGCCUAGAAAUGUAGAUCAUUCAGAUGUUGAACUUAUUGAGGAUAUUCAGGGGGAAGAGGAAUCAGAGAUUGUGCUUAGAAAUGAAGAACAUUCAGAUGUUGAACUUCUUGAGGACAUUUCAGGGAAAGAGGAAAGUUUGUUAGAGGUUGUGCCUUUUGAAGCCAAGGCUAUUCGGCAUGGAUGUACGGGGCAGUCAAUGGCUGAGCUUCUAGAUGGCCUUCAAGAUAAGACUACUAUUUGGAGAAAAAGUUCCAGAAAGGUUUAUGUCUUCUUCUAUUAUGUCUUUUGCUUCCUUUCUCCUGUGACAUUUCUCUUUCCCCAUUUGAUCCAGUGUUUGCUUCAGCAUAGCAGAAAACGACGUAAAAGGGAGCAGCCUGUUGUAAAGUGUGCAUCUCCUCUGGGAGAUGGAACUAUUGACAUUGAAAGCUCUCCUGAGCACUUGGGUCAUGGAUUGCCAAGUGAUAUCAAGAUUGAUGAUCAAAUUUUGAAGCUUGCUGAUCCAGAAAUGAAGAGGCAGACAUUGGUAGAUCGAUUUCAGGAAGCUAUGAGUGACAGACUCCUUGUUGCAGUGCCCAAAACUUUAAAGAGUGGAUUAUUUGGGAAACUGCAGCAGGUGGUGCAGAGUGAGAAAGAAACUGAUAUAGAAUUCUUGAAGAAGAUCCAGGGGGGAGCUAGCGAAAGUAAUGACCCAAACUGCAAGGAUGUGAAGAUUCUUUCAAAAUACCUGGAUGCAAAGCUUACCGUGUGUCACUGCUCCUUCGGUAAUAACUCAAAGCGCCUCCCAUCGCCAGAGGUCUGCGAAGAAAUGGUUGACGAAGGACUGGAAAGGACUAUUAUUUUCAAUCCACGAGUUUGCAAUGAUAUUGACCUUGAUAUUGGGAAAUGGAUUCGUAUACACCCUCCAUGGAGGGAGAUCCGUGUCGGCACUGCUCAAAACAUAAUCCUUUCGACAUAUUUCUCUGAAAUUUCAAUGUGAAGGUCAUGUUUCUCUAGGAUCUCAAUUGUCAAUUCUCACGAAUCAUUGCACAACUCCCGCCCAUCCAGUAGACAUGUUGACAAGCAGGCCUCACAAAGGCGGUUGAGUUUGAGUAUCAGUUUUCAAGGUUGUUCAUCCACAACCUCCACUUGCAUGUCCCGUUCCUGAUGGGACCUUGAGCUGCAGGAUGGAUAUCCUCUGCAUGAACACCGUCACGUCUAUCCAAAGUGGUGCAGCCAGAAGAAGAAUGAAUUUGGUUUUGUCAUGAAAGCCGCUCUCACCUCCUGUGGCUAGGCAGGUGAGAUGUCUAAUGCAGUUGCUUCUGGUGCUUGCUAUGAAGCCAGGGUUUAAGGAAUCUCCUUUGGCAACACAUGAAUGAUUUGUUGUGUUACUCAGAAAAUUGUGUGGUUCUACAUAGAUGCUGGUGCGAAUGUGGUGCUGCAUCACAGUCAGUUACAUUGUGUACAUAUUAAUCUCUGAAUGAGGACGUUUGAAAAUAAUAGUUUUUGUUUUCUGUUA